AUGAUGGAAGACCAGGGAUUAGAACGAACGGUCGACCUGGCGCGUUACCCCCUCGCCAGCCGAACCUUCCGCGAGAGGUGCCGCCUCGAGCUCGACCACGAAGGGGCGCUCGUUUUACCGGGCUUCAUGCUUGCACCCGCGGUAAACGACGCGCUAUCCCAAUCUCUGGCGCGUGAGGGCGACGCCUUCUUCUGCACCAAGUCCCACAACGUCUUCCUUCUAAGUCCCGACCCGGACCUGCACAGCGAACACCCGAGGAACCGCGAGGUUUCGUCGUCCAAAGGGAUCCUCGCCGACGAUCAGAUUGACCCUCGGUCGCCGCUCAGGGCUCUGUACGAUGCGCCCACGUUUCGCGAUUUCCUGCGCUCGGUGACUGGCGCGAACGGCGCGCUCCAUCCGUACGCGGACUCGCUCGCCAGCGUCAACGUCCACGUCCAGCGCGCGGGCCAGGAGCUGGGAUGGCACUUCGACAACUCAUCCUUCGCGGCGACUGUCAUGCUUCGGCCCGCGACGAUAGGCGGUUUGUUCCAGUACAGCCCCGGGACGAACCGAGACGCGGCGGACGAACGCGGGGUGAUGGAGGCGGUGACGAGGUGCCUCGACGGCGACGCUCCGGUCAGGACGCUGACGCCGGGACCGGGAGAUCUCACGAUAUUCCGCGGGAGGAGAGCCCUGCACAGGGUCACGCCCACCGGCGAUCUGUCCGUGGCGAGGAUAAUCGCCGUGUUAGCUUACAACGAGGAGCCCGACCGGCGGCUGUCGUCCACCGCGAGGAUGACCUUCUUCGGGAGGCUCGAGUGA